ACUCUUUUUAAACUCCAAAGCCUCAAAGCAUUCACAAGCCAUAAGAGCACACAGAGAGAACCCUAGAACAAAAAUCAGCCCCCGUAACUUUGAUUUCCAAGAACAACAAAUGAGUCCAUCUGAGAAGAUCACUCUUGUUACUGUUCUUGUUUCAUUUUAUAUGUUUUCAUGUGUUUCAAGUACUGAACUUGAAGUUGGAGGAGAAGAUGGUUGGGUCGUACCAAACUCUAACAAGUCUCACGGGGAUAUGUUUAACCAAUGGGCUUCUCACAACCGGUUUAAAGUCGGCGACACUAUCCGUUUCAAAUACAAGAAAGACUCAGUGUUGGUGGUGUCAGAAGACGAGUACAAGCAAUGCAAGGCCACUAAACCGCAACUCUAUUCCAACAACCAAGACACCGUCUUCAAACUAGACCGUCCUGGUUUGUUUUACUUCAUCAGCGGUGUCUCGGGCCACUGUGAAAAGGGUCAGAAGAUGAUCAUUAAAGUCAUGGAGACCGAGUCUUCGCCAGAUUCUCCUCCUCCUUCCUCACCUUCUUCUCUCCCGGGUUCAACUCACAAGAAGAGCAGUGCGUUAAAAACCGCUGUCAAGUUCACUAGUUCCUGCUUUGUGGUUCUUAUUGUUUCGGUUUUGGUUUGGCAUUAGGGCAGAUUUUAGUUCCGGUUUAGCAAUUUUUUCUCUUUUUUUUUCUGAACAUCUCAAUUUGUUCUCCUCAAGUUCUCAAGCAAUGAUUAUUCCAAAUAACUACAAUGACCGGACCGGUCCAGG